AUGGUCCGUGAAGGGAUCGACACAGAAUUGGCAGAAGAAGAUGAGUUGGAUCCCUGUGUGGGAUCCAAAAAAAUUGUAGAACCUAUGAAGGACGUCGAGGAAGUGCCAGUAUGCGACCUCGAUCUCACCAAAAUCCUCCGGCUGGGAAAGAGCCUAGAACUGAAGGAAAAAGAAAAAAUAAUUAAAGCACUAAGGGCAGCCACAGAUGUUUUCUACGUGGUGCCAAGGAGACAUGACCGAUAUGCCACCAGUUCAGUAGAAGAGACACCCCUUGAUCCAGUAAAGGCGAAAGCUCUGGAGAAAGAGGUGGACAAGCUACUAGCUAGUGGCAUGAUCCCGAAUGUAUAUUACCCAGAAUGGCUGGCCAAUCUAGUACUGGUGCCUAAACCAAAUGGGACAUGGCGGGCGGCCCUACGUUUCGAAUUCACAGCUUCAAACAAUGAGGUUGAAUACGAAGCCCUGAUUGCAGGGCUGAGGUUAGAAAAAGUCGUGGGUGCCGCAAGAGUAGAAGUCUUUAGUGAUUCACAGUUGGUGGUAAACCAAGUGUCGGGAGAAUGUCAAAUGCGUGGAGAAAAAAUGGCUGUGUAUGUAGCAAUUUUCUGGGAGCUACUCCACGAGUUCGCGGAUUAUAAAGUGGAAAGAAUCCCCAGAGAAAAGAAUGCCCACACAGACUGUUUGGCUAAGUUAGCAUCAGAUAGAGAGAUUGAGAAACUGGAGGUGGUACCCGUUGAACGCCUCACAGAACCAAGCAUUAGAACCAAAAAUAUUGUGGCAACAGUUGAGCAAGAGCUCAACUAG